CAGGGUUUUUUAUGCCCCCUUUUCAACACCCUUCAAAAACUAAAACAAAAAAUAAACAAAACAAAUAAAAAAUAAUCAAAAUUCAAAAAAUUAAACAGAAGCAAACGGGGCGUGUGUGUGUUAUUAAGUGUGUCUCCCGCCAUGACUGAACAAGAAGUGUUGUUGGAGAUUCCAUACCACCAGAAGAAUGAGCAAAAAGAAGAAGAAGAAGAAUAUGAUAUCGAUGACACAAAAACUCUGAUUUCCGCUCUUAGUUUUCUCUCUCGCAAUCUCCCUCUUCCUUCUCAUGUUUUCGAUGCGGUUUCUUCUAUAUAUGAUACCCGAUCUGACGAUGAUUUCGAUUCCCCCAAUAAUAACGACAUACCAUCUUCGAAUGGGGGAGAUUUAAUUGCAGACCUUGAAGAUGCUUUGGUUAAGCAUCGAUCUAAUCACAUUACGGGUUCUGAGAUGGCACAAGUACAGAAUAAUCGGUUCCAGACCCAUAUCCAGAGUCGCUUGACUCAACUUGAAGAGCUGCCUACAAACAGAGGUGAGGACCUGCAGUCAAAGUGCUUGCUUGAACUCUAUGGGCUUAAGCUAGCUGAGUUGCAACGAAAAGUGAGAUCAAGUGUUAGCUCAGAAUACACGUUGUGCUUAAACUGUGUCUAUCCAGAGAAGCAACUCUUUGAUUGGGAUAUGAUGCGCCUGCCUCGCCCUUCUUAUGGCGUGGGAGAUGCUUUUGCUUUUGACGAUAAUCAUCUGAAGAAGAAACGAGAUGCUGAGAGACUUUCAAAGUUAGAGGAAGAUGAAAAGAACAGAGUAGAAACCAGGAAGAGGAAAUUUUUUGCAGAAAUACUUAAUGGAUCUCGUGAAUUGCCGUUGCAAGUAGCGGCCUCUCAGAAACGUCGAAGGCAACGCAAUGAUGGUGUUCAUGCAUGGCAUGCAAGGCAAAGGCAACGUGCUAGUCGACAAGAAAAAUUGAGGUUUCAAGCUUUGAAGUCAGAUGACCAAGAAGCCUAUAUGAAAAUGGUUGAGGAAAGUAAGAAUGAACGGCUAACAUUGCUUUUAGGGAAAACAAAUGAUCUGCUUGUCAGAUUAGGAGCUGCUGUUCGACGUCAAAAAGAUGCCGAGCAUGAUGGUAUUGAACCUUUGAAGGGUCCAUUAGCAAACUUACGUGAUACAUCUGCUACAGAGAAUGUGGAAUCAGUUCCUGACGAGGAUGAUGAUUUAGUCGUGGUCGAUGACAACGGAGUAAAGACAUCUGAUUUACUUGAAGGUCAGCGGCAAUAUAAUUCAGCCAUCCAUUCGAUUCAGGAAAAGGUAACUGAGCAGCCUUCACUUCUUCAAGGCGGCGAACUAAGAAACUAUCAGAUAGAAGGGCUCCAGUGGAUGGUGUCUUUAUCCAAUAACAAUCUCAAUGGAAUAUUGGCCGAUGAAAUGGGAUUGGGGAAGACAAUUCAAACUAUCUCUUUGAUAGCAUAUCUUAUGGAAAACAAGGGGGUGACUGGACCCCAUUUAAUUGUGGCCCCAAAAGCUGUGCUACCAAAUUGGAUUAAUGAAUUUUCAACAUGGGUUCCUAGUAUUUCUGCUUAUCUGUAUGAUGGGCGUCAAGAUGAGAGAAAAGCAAUGAGAGAAGAGUUAUUAGAAGGAAAAUUUAAUGUGCUCAUCACUCAUUAUGAUCUUAUAAUGAGAGACAAAUCAUUCCUGAAGAAAAUUCCUUGGUACUACAUGGUUGUGGAUGAAGGACAUCGGUUGAAGAACUCAGAAUCUGUGCUUGCAAAGACUCUUGUUUCCGGCUACCAAAUUCGGAGGAGACUUCUGUUAACUGGCACUCCAAUACAGAAUACUUUACAAGAACUGUGGUCCCUGCUUAAUUUUCUUCUUCCAACCAUUUUUAAUUCAGUUGAGAAUUUUGAGGAGUGGUUUAAUGCACCAUUUGCGGAUAAAUGCGAUGUUACUAUAACAGAUGAAGAAGAGCUGUUGAUCAUUCGUCGCCUACACCAGGUUAUACGGCCAUUUAUAUUGAGAAGAAAGAAAGAUGAGGUGGAAAAGGACCUUCCAGUGAAAACACAGACCAUACUAAAAUGUGACAUGUCAGCAUGGCAGAAAGUAUACUACCAGCAAGUUACUGAUGUUGGAAGGGUCGGAUUGGAUACUGGAACGGGUAAAUCCAAAAGUUUACAGAACCUGACAAUGCAGCUCAGAAAAUGUUGUAACCAUCCUUAUCUAUUUACGGGUGAUUAUAACAUAUGGCGAAAAGAAGAAAUUGUCAGAGCAUCAGGAAAAUUUGAGCUUCUUGACCGUUUAUUGCCUAAACUUCAUAGAGCUGGGCAUAGAGUUCUACUUUUCUCUCAAAUGACUAAACUCAUGGACAUUCUUGAUGUGUAUCUCCAACUUCAUGGAUUUAAAUAUCUUAGGCUUGAUGGAUCAACAAAAACCGAAGAAAGAGGCACUUUGCUAAAGCAAUUUAAUGCGCCUGACUCUCCUUACUUCCUGUUUUCUUUAAGUACUCGUGCCGGAGGUCUUGGUCUCAAUUUACAGACAGCUGAUACUGUGAUUAUAUUUGAUAGUGACUGGAAUCCACAGAUGGAUCAACAAGCAGAGGAUCGUGCACAUCGUAUUGGUCAAAAAAAGGAAGUGAAGGUGUUUGUUUUGGUCAGUGUCGGCUCAAUUGAAGAGGUGAUAUUGGAACGCGCAAAACAGAAAAUGGGCAUUGAUGCUAAAGUGAUACAGGCUGGAAUGUUCAAUACAACUUCCACACCUCAAGAUAGGAAAGAGGCGCUGAAGGAGGUAAUGCGCAAGGGUUCAAGUUCCCUUGGAACAGAUACACCAAGUGAGAGAGAAAUUAAUCGUCUAACAGCCCGGUCAGAAGAAGAGUUCUGGCUUUUCGAGAAGAUGGAUGAGGAAAGAAGGCAAAAAGAGAGGUACAGAUCUCGCCUUAUGGAAGAUCAUGAGGUACCUGAGUGGGCUUUUACUAAACCUGACAAUCCAAAAGACAUGAGGGGUAAAGGGUUUGACUAUGAAACUGCAAAUAUAUCUGGAAAAAGACGUAGGAAAGAGGUAGUGUAUGCUGAUACAAUCAGCGAUGUGCAAUAUAUGAAGGUUGCUGAACAAGGUGAGCAUAGCUCGAAAUCUCAUCCGGGUAAAACAAGAAGGGAACAACCCGCAACUCCUAACAACCUUAACGUUGUAGAAAAUGAUGUAGUGGAGGUAGUAAGCGUAAAUGAGGGAACAACCCCACGUAGGUCAGGGUCAACGUUAAAAAGGCCAAGGUCCCCAAUGAGCGAGCAUCUUGGAAUGGAUAAUGGAAGCAGUGAUAGUGGAGAGCUGCCGUCAUGGAAGACACAGAAAAAGCGAUCAAUCCUUCGUUUUGUCUAAUUUCUGGUUUAUUCGACUUGACUGUUUGUGAUACAAUAUGCCAAUAUGGUCCAGUAGGCAGUAGGUUUACAUUGUUAGGCCAUUGACAGGUUAUAAGUUGGAUGGCCACCCUCUCAUGAAAGUCCAGUUUGUGCUUGCUAUUUAUAUGGAUUUUAUUUUAUCACUAUCACCUGUUAAGUAUAUAGAGUACUCGUAGUUCUGUAUAAUACCUGAUCACUGUUCGUUUGACACCUGCAUGAAUGGAUAUGGUCGUAUAUUUUCAUGCUUCA